AUGGCGCCGACCCGAUCCGCAAUGUUCUGGGCCAAGUCUCGCGAGAUCGUGGAAGGUGGCGAGGCGGGGAAGAAACUAAAAGGGCUGAGGAGAAGGGAGGGGAAAGGCGGGGCGAGGAGAAGGAGGAGGGAGAUAGGGUGUGGAAGAAGCGGUGCGAACGAACCUAUUGGGCGGGGCAGCAGGAGGAGCGUCUCCACCAGAGAACCUUCUGGCCUAAGCAACCGCUCACGCCCCGGCCAAAGAAGCCCCGCCCUCUACGACGAGCGGCUGGGGGAGGGGAAGAGGGCGUGGUUAUGCCUAGGGGAGGGGCUUCGAGGAGGUCCCGGAGGCAGGGGCGCGCGGGGGGCGGUGGCUCCGCGUGGUGACGUCAGGAGCAGCUGGAGUCGGGGAUUACCCCCUGCUGCUGACGUGAGGAUGGUGAACAAUCGGGAAUGUUCGGUGGAAGGGGGAAUUCCCCGCUGCUCCCUGAGGAGCCCCUCCUCCCGCCCUUCCCCGCGUCCGCGCCCGCCCGGGAGCCUGGGAUGGUGGGGCUACGGGAGGGCGAGAGGAGAACGCCGAUUCGGCAGGCGGUCCGCGCCGGCUCGAGUGGCUCGCGCCGCGGCGUCUACCCUGGCUGGAUGCUCUGAGGAGCGGCGGCGCGCGCGAUGCGCCGGAUACCUCGCUCAGGCCUGGGAGGCUGAGAGAUCAUAUGCUCGCCAGUACACAGACCUGCGCGAGCGGAGCGCCGACGGAGUUGGCGCAGGACUAAUCCGGCGCCUUGAAGCAGUGGAUCCACUGUCGUAUGCAAAUACGAGAGUGUCGAACAUAAAUAAUAUACGCGAGGCCGGUGACUGA